AUGCCCGUCGGAAACAACGACCAGAACAACGGCGUCACGGGCGCCGCCAAGUUCGUCACCUCGACGCUGGGCAACACCGUCGGUGGCGUCACGCGCACCGUCGGCAACGUCACGGGUGCCGCGACCAAGGGCGUCGGGGACACUAUCACGAGCGCGGGCGGCAGCGCGGGGCGGCCCAUCGGCGACGGGCUGGGCAACCUCGGCGGCGGGCUGCAGAAUGCUUUGAACUCCGUGGGAAAGGGCGCGGAGGAUGCGGGGCAGUGGAAAAGAUCGUAA